CAACGCUUAAGUCCAGCCACUUUACACAUCCACCGAUAGCCUACCCCAUCAUCUUGGCCCUUCCCGAAAGACAGUCCGUCCCCUCUGCUUCGCAAACAAAGACAAAUUAACCUCGAAGCCAAGCCCUUCCGACUGGCAACAUGCAGUUCAAACUCUGCUCCCUCGUCCUCCUCGCCACCACGAUAGCCAAUUGUGCACCAGCGGACAGCUCCAAACGCGGAGUCUCCCGCCGCGAUCUUGUGGGAGACAUCAAUGCGGUCUCGAACCAGAUCCAGCAGAUCAGGAACGAAAUCGACAGUGCCGUCAUCGGCACCAUCGGCGGGUGGUCCGGAGGAGCCGCGGAUGCGGCUCGGAAUACCCUCCAGAGCGUGGACAACGACUUGACCAGCGCCGCCUCGGCACUGAACAGCUUAUCCCAAGCCCUUGCACCGGGCUGCGAUACUUACCAGAACUGUGACAGUUCGGUUCCUUUUUAGUGGCUGGAGAGACAUGUUGCAUGGUGGCAAAGUAUGCCGGACGAUUAGGGGAUUCAGUGGAAACAUCUCUGGCUGUGGAUGCCUAUCUUGGGGAAAGUCAUCAGUUAUUUUUCAGGUUUCCGAAAUAUGAUCUGUGCCUCAAGCCUUGAUUAUGCCAUGCUUCUCUUCUUG